CUAUAGCCUGAAUACGAACAUUUACGCGGCUACAAGGAACACGAAGCUGGGGAGGGAGAAAGUCGAAGGAAACAAGAGUUGUGAGAAGGGAAAAAGAUAAAUCAUGGUUGAUUAUAUCCCGGACUUCAUAGAUUGGGCAGAAAAGCGAGGCAUCAAACUAAAUGGUAUCGAACCACAGCGCAUACCAGGACGCGGUAUAGGGGUCAUGGCGACACGAGAUAUCCAGCCCGACGAGAUCAUCCUCGAGGUACCAACAAAAUGUAUACGGACAAUUACCACGAUGCCCAAAGCGCGGCUCCGCAAAUGUACCGAAACAAGCGUGUCGGUGCAUGGAGCUUUAGCAGCCGACCUAACGCUCGACAAGAGCAGCAAGUACGAACCGUGGAACGCCAUCGUGCCGCACUCAGGCGAUCUCAACGGCAUGCCUUUCUACUGGCCGCCCGAGCUGCAGGCGCUACUCCCGCUGCACAGCCGGCAGCUCCUCGCCAAGCAGAGGGCGAAGCUCGAGCGGGACUGGUCGCAGAUGUUCACGGCGUUCCCGGAGCUGCACGUCGAAGACGAAGGAGACAUCGGCCGGUGGGAAUAUGAGCAGAACUGGCUCCUCGUCAACUCGCGGACGUUUUACUACGUCAACGCGGCGCUGAAGAAGUGGCGCGGAUCUACCAAGGAUGACCACAUGGCAUUGCAGCCUGCGGCCGACUUGUUCAACCAUGCUGAUGAGGGGGGAUGCCAUGUGGCGUUUGGCACCGAGGGGUUCACGUUCCGUGCUACGAGGCCGCAUAAAAAGGGUGAAGAGGUAUAUAUUUGCUAUGGAAACCACGGUGGCGAUUUUCUCCUGGUCGAAUAUGGAUUCGUCAUGGCGGAGAAUUGUUGGGACGAGACCCUGCUGGACGACAUCGUGCUCGCGAAACUAGAUCAGAAGCAAAAGGAACGUCUUGAGGAAAUCGGGUUUCUGGGGGGCUACGUCCUGGAUCGCAAUACGGUUUGUCAUCGGACGCAGGUUGCGUUGCGGCUGUUGUGUUGCAAGGUUGGCGAGUGGAUGCGGUUCGUUAAUGGAAAUGACGAUGGCGAGGCGAGUCAGGAUGCUGUUGACGUGCUGCUGUUGGGGCUGUUGAGAGAAUACGCUGCGAGGAUAGACGAUAUAGUGGCGCGGAUCCCGAUGCUGGAAAAUGCAAAAAAGCCCGAAGACGAUAUGGAUGAUAUGAAGGACAUACUGGUGCAGAGGUGGAGGCAGAUUCGAAAUUUGCUUGAUAGGAGGAUAAGGAGCCUAGAGCAAGGAGCUCAGACGUGACAGUGGACAUCGCCGCUUGCUAUAUUAUAUCAGAGUUAUUAGUCGCCAGAGAUAUGAUGGUGUAAGACAGUGUUGAGUAGACAAGAUCCCCGGACAUCGCGAAUGUACAGCUAGGCG